UGUGAGCGAGUAAGUGUCUUCGCGCACGAAUGUGUCAUUCAUAAUGCAUUGUGCUGAGGACUGAGCUUGCCCAGAAAGCCUUCUUAUUGCUCCUUACCUUCUCAGUGCCUUACUUAACAUCACAAUGUAUCCAGUAUUUGAGAGGCAUGACCUCAAAGGUUCUACACGUUUGACAGGACGCAGAGUUCUGGCCCGUGUACAGAAUCUUGGGCUAUGGAAUAGCUGAUGGGGUUUUAUUGACUGCUAAUAGGUUUGGCAUGCUAGCGUCGGGCAUCUUUAUCCCUCCUCCAAAUAGAAGUGAUAGGAUUAGGGCUCUUGUGCAGAGACGCAACCUUCAGAACGACCACGACGCUGGACCUCAGCUUGAACUCUUGUUCCAUGAAAAGCAGGAAGAGGAUAUUUAUGGUUUGUUAUGAGACCGCAUAGAAGUGGAGGCACUUGCGUUAGGUGGUGGUGGUGCAGAUGGUCAACUAAACCAGACAGACCAACUUGUUGUUGUCCUUUUGAGCGACACAAGUGUGGAUGUAGCUGCAUUCAAAUAACCGGCAAUGGGAGUCCCCAACUCAAGGGAGAAUAACUACUACCACUCUCCAAAUCCACCUUUAAGAGUUCUGCUAAAAAGACGUAACGAGCCUCUCAAGAAGGAUCGUCCCAAGUGGAAGAGUGAAUACCCGAUGACCGAGGGCCAGCUUAGGAGCAAGCGGGAUGAGUUUUGGGACACGGCUCCUGCUUUUGAUGGACGCAAAGAGAUCUGGGACGCGCUGCGAGCGGCAGCCCUGGCCGCCGAGUGCAAUGACCUGGAGCUGGCGCAGGCAAUCGUGGACGGAGCCUGCAUUACUCUUCCUCAUGGCUCUCUCACAGAGAGUUACGAUGAGCUGGGCAACCGUUACCAGCUUCCAGCGUACACUUUGGUACCACCUGUCAACCUCAUCAAUGAAACAUGCAGCGAGAGCAAACUUUGUGAAUCCACACAAAAGCAAGUGCAGCCUCUUCCUUGCAGGCAAGAGUUCCAGCUGCGCGUGCGACUGUCCUCAGGCGAAGAUGUGCGUCUGACUGCCAGCUUAGCCGACUCCAUCGCCGAGCUGAAGAAGCAGCUGGAGGAUCAGGAGUCUAUUGACGUGUCCCGCCAGAGGUGGUUCUUCUCUGGGAAACUCCUCACGGACAAGACUCGUCUGCAGGAUGCCAAAAUCCAGAAAGACUUUGUUGUUCAAGUCAUCGUCAACAUGAACCCUCCACUUAUAGCCAACUGAGAGGGGUGCAAUAAUUGGGAAAAAAUGGGAAGAAAACAAGAGAGAGAAAGAGAGAAAUUGGGCAUGAAAGGUUUAUGCACUGGAAUUUUCUGUACAAUUUUCUAUAAGAAUAUUGCUUUUAUAAAGUUUAAUUUUUGUAUUCGUUCUCCCUUUUUCCAAAUAACACUAAAAAUAAGCACUGGAACACUUUAGAGCUGAUGCUGGCAACCUUCGGUCUGUGAGCCAUAUGUAAACAAAAGCCAAGAGCAUUAUAACGCAUAAAUACUCUUAACAUCAACGUGGAUGCAUUAUACUCUGUUUUCAUUCAGGAUUAGAAAAAAAGCUGAAACAGCCGUCGAUAGGUCAGAGGUUUCCCACCCCUCGGUUAGAUGAAAAAUAAAGUCCCAAAAUGCACAUCGCUGUUUGUGUCCUCAGUAAACCUCUUUAACCUUCACCUCCAUUGAGAACACCCCACUUUGUCUUGAGUGUUUGUCUUUGUGCUCGGUAGCAAACUCAAUAAUGUUAGCUCAGUCAUCCAAAAAUAGAAAAUCCAUGCGCUUCCCCCCGCCCCCCACCCCAUGUGUAAUGUGAGAGGAGAACUGUGAGACAGGGAAGAUAAAUGUAAAUAUUUGCAUCAUUGUCUUUUGUUUGGUCAGUUGACGUGCUCAGUCAUUGUCAGUCCUUGACUCAAUUCCAAAUAAAGAAAUGAAUACCAUCUA